AUGGUCUCCGUGACGUACCGGGGCAACACCUUUCGGGUCCCCAAGGGCACGAAGCUGCGCACGGCUUUGCUCAAGAACCAGCUGUCGCCGCACAACGGCAGGGCCACCCUCAUCAAUUGCCGCGGCCUCGGCACCUGCGGCACCUGCGCGGUCGAGAUCAAAGCAGCGGCGCAGACCGGCGCGCUGCCCGUGGCGCCGGCUGCCUGGACCGCCCAGGAGCGGCUGAGGCUGAACUUCCCGCCUCACAAGCCCCCUGGCAACCAGAGGCUGAGGCUGGCGUGCCAGGUCAGCUGCCAAGGCGACCUGGAGGUGCUCAAGCGAGACCAGUUCUGGGGACAGGGCGAGGACGUCCUCGGCGAGGUUGCCCCGAGUGACGACCUGACGUGGUUCGGGCCGCUUGAGUUCGUCCUGGAUCCAAACGCGGGCGCUCUGCCCGACAAGAAAAGCAACGGCCAGGACGGGAAGUAG